GUGAGGAAAAGAAGCAUGAAAACAGGAGCCUGAGGAAACUUCCCAGCGACUUUCUCCGAGUUUCCUGACUGUCCGUUGUCUCCGGCCGGGACCGAAUCGCACGUCUGGCUGCAGUUGGGUCAUUAUUAGCCGCGUGAAGUGAGCAGGAGUUCCGAUGGGUCUGCCGACGCUGGAGUUCAGUGAUUCUUUCCUGGACAGUCCAGAGUUCAGAGAUCGGCUGCAGUGCCAUGAAGUGGAGCUGGAGCGCACCAACAGAUUUAUCAAAGAGCUCAUCAAAGACGGGAACUCGCUCAUUUCUGCGCUCAGAGGCCUCUCUCUGGCAGUGCAACGCUUCUCCCAGUCUCUGCAGGAGUUUCAGUUUGAGUGCACUGGAGAUGCGGAAACGGAUGAUGAGAUUAACAUAGCUCAGUCCCUGAAGGAGUUCUCGCAGCUCCUAAACACCAUGGAGGAGGAGCGAAAGCGGCUGAUCCAGAAUGCUGACAAUCUUUUGAUCUCACCGCUGGAGAGGUUUCGUAAGGAACAAAUCGGAGCUGUUAAGGAAGGAAAGAAGCAGUUUGACAAGGAGACGGAAAGGUAUUACUCUGUCCUGGAGAAGCAUCUCAACUUGUCCUCUAGAAAGAAAGAGUCUCAGCUGCAGGAGGCUGAUGCUCAAAUCAAGAAGGACAGGCAGGGGUUUUAUGAUGCAUCGCUGCAGUAUGUGUUCAAGAUCCAAGAGGUUCAGGAGAGAAAGAAGUUUGAGUUUGUGGAGCCGUUAUUAGCCUUCCUUCAAGGCCUGUUCACCUUCUACCAUGAAGGCUAUGAGCUGGCUCACGAGUUUGAACCCUACAAGCAACACCUUCAGUUUAACCUGCAAAAUGCUCGGAACAACUUUGAAAGUACCCGCGUUGAGGUUGAGAGGCUGAUGAAGAGGAUCCGGUCGGCUGAAGAGGACUUCAAACCCCCCAGCUCCUUUACCAUGGAGGGGCAUCUGUACAUCCAGGAGAAACGAGCAUUGGGCAGUGUGUGGACCAGGUACUACUGCACCUAUGAGAGGAGCUCCAAGAUGUUCACUAUGAGCGGCACAGAGGCCAGAGCAGCCAGCAGACAGAACGGUGUGGUGGGCGGAGCCCCAGAGGUGUUCCGGCUACGCUCCUGUGUCCGAAGAAAGACGGAUUCCAUUGAUAAGCGCUUCUGCUUUGACAUCGAGGUGAUAGAGAGACAUGGCGUUAUAACACUACAGGCGCACUCAGAGGCCAACCGACGGCUUUGGAUGGAGGCGAUGGAUGGUAAAGAACCUAUUUACACUCUUCCCUCACUGCUCAGUAAAAAAGAGGAAACAUUUCUCAAUGAGGCAGGCUUCACCUUUGCAAAGAAGUGCAUUGAGCUGAUAGAGGCACGAGGUAUUACUACCGUGGGCCUGUACAGGACAGGAGGAGUGAACUCCAAAGUGCAGCGGCUGAUGACCAGCGUGUUUGCGUCCACAGCUACUUCUGAGAUACAGCUGGAUUCAGAUGUCUGGGACAACAAGACCAUAACCAGCGCCCUUAAGGAUUAUUUUAGAUGUCUGGCAGAACCCCUGCUGACCUACAGGCUGCAUAAAGACUUUGUCAGGGCUGCAAAAUUCGAAGACCAGAGUUACAGAGUCAGAGCCAUUCAUGCUCUUGUGCACAAACUGCCAGAAAAAAACAAAGCCAUGUUGGACUUGUUGACCAACCACCUCCUCAAAGUGUCCUCUCAUAGUGACCAAAACCAGAUGACUGUGUCCAACCUGGGAAUGAUCUUUGGGCCCACACUGAUGAGGUCACAGGAGGAAACGGUGGCCGCCAUGAUGAACAUCAAGUUUCAGAAUAUCGUGGUGGAGAUAAUCAUUGAGAACCACAAAAAGAUCUUCGGCGAGGCCCCGGACCUCUCGGUACCUGUGCCUUCAGCUCCUUCAUCACGCUCAACUCCUCGUAGGAGCAAAGCCAUUUGUCUGUCUUCUGGAAGAAGAAAGGCCCGUCUGUAUUCUCCUGCUCUGUGCCUGGCAGACAACGACAGUGACACUUUCAGUAGCAGUCCUGGUGCAACCCCCAUGGGGAGCCUGGAGUCCCUGUCCUCUCACUCCUCUGAAAAGAACGGGUUGUCUCAAACAUCGUCCCCGUCUUCCCCCGCGGCUGAGCCUGACCCUCCAGACCCAGUGUCUCCACCUGCAGCCCCGUCUGAUCAGACACAGCGGUCGGACGGCGCCCCCUCUGCCCAUCCCCAGUCUACCACUUCCUGGUCUGCAGCUCCGCUGGCUCCCGUGGAGCAAACAUCUUCUGUGUCCUCUUCCACAUCCUCGUUACUCUCCGCAGUGGAAAAGUCUUUCAACAGAAACUCAACCGCUUCCUUGUAUUCCCUAAAGGAGUCAAAAUCUCUUUCCAGAGGAGCUGGGUCCAGCCCCCCGGCCCAGCGCUCAUCUUCUGCUGGGGUUGAAGGACCUGCUAAGAGAACCGCCUCUGUCUCGUCCAUGAGCAAUCAUUCCACUAGUAAAAGAGACACUUCCAAAGAAACCAGAGGGGAGGACUCCACCUCUCCUCAGCUGCACACUUCUGAGUACAGGACUGCUUCCUCCUCUUCAUCUUCAUCCUCUUCAUUGUUUCCCUACCCGCUGUCCGAGUCUUCUUCUCUCACAUCCCUGCACAUCUCCGAGGAUUACAAAAGCUGUCAUGGAUCAGUACAGAGUCUCGCAUCCCUGGAUUCAGUCCACAAACCUUCACGCAUGUGCUGCGGCUCUGAUCUGAAGCGCUCCACCACCACCAACACAUUCCAGAAGCCCAGGUCUCUACUGUCCGUCAACCAGCCGCAGCGUGACAGCUCCGUGUUCCUGUCAGCUUUGGACAUAUGUCCCUCUGGAAGGGAUGCUAAAGCUCUUUAUUCCUGCAAGGCAGAGCACAGUCAUGAGCUGAGUUUUCCACAGGGGGCGCUGUUCUCAAACGUGUGUCCAUCUGUGGAACCAGGUUGGCUGCAGGCCACCUAUAAGGGCAGAACGGGCCUUGUGCCUGAAAACUACAUCAUCUACAUCUGACAGGACUGAUGCUGUCAUCAGCACCAAAAUCCAGCUUUGGACCAAGAUCAGACAUCAAAGACCUUUUUACCUGAACCUUAGACUACUGUGAGGAAAGAAUACUAAUCUGUGUACUGUUAGUAGCUGUGUCAGGUGCAGUAAAUGUUAAUACUGGAGUCCAUAGUGCUCUUUUAUGUUAAACCCUAUUGCCUUCUGCAGCCUUUACAAAUCAGUCGCAUGCAGUAAAUAUGUCUCAAAGGUACAACCUUUCAGUUUUAAUAAUUUAUAUGAAUUUUAUUAGUGUUCACAUGUCUGCACUGGGACUGAAUGAACUGGAGUCUUCUGCUGUCCAAUAAAAAACUAAUUUAGACAAACGA